AUGGAACAGAGAGCUAAGAGCGUCAUCCGCGAGAUCAAAAUUCAAAAAUUCAAAAAGUCAAAAACUUCAAAUCCCAGCCAACACCCACCGCCCAAAAACCCCGAUCACACAAUAAACAAGCAGCAAAAUAAACACCCACACACAAACGAGCGAAAAGCAACGGUACACCCCGUUCCCGUUCAAGUUUCGAUGAAGGCGCAAGAUCCGGCUCGGGUACAGCUGGCGGAGCCGAAGCUGAAGCAGCGGACACCAGCAGCGGCGAGGACGAAACUUGCCUUGACGGAGCUGUAG